AGUAUUUAAAUUACCGUGAAUUGUAAAAUUUUUCCUAAUUUCAAUGAUUUCGAGCGUGAGGAGAAGGAAACUUACAUUACGAGUUUGGGCGACAUUCUGUGGCGAGUGGAUAAAGUACGCGAUGACCCUUGUUCCAACCUCAAACAUGACGUUGGCCAGCUAUUUAUAGAACGAAACACGCAGGCAAAAUUCAUCCCACAUACCACCGCACCGCACAUUUUCUACUUGGCAGUCGGCAGACAAGAACCAAGUAAAACUGGAUAAACCGCGGCCAGCCAGGUUUCUCUAGGACGGAUUUUCUGUUUUUACAGUACAUGUUACUGUAACGACUUUGGCGCGACACAGGACAUCCCAAAAUGCAGCAAGCAGUGAUUGAAGAGGCAGCGGCUUUUGAGCCGUCUGUACGUAGUUACGAUGACUUAUUCCCAGCAUUACCUGAAUCAGCACCCACCCAGCACAACAACACCGCUUGGGUCCAUUCAUCUCAGAACAACAAGAUGAAAGUGGGCUCAUCUGUAGUCACCCAAGUGUUUCGUGUACCAUAUGAAGAACGCAAAUUAGACAGUGAUAAAUUCGGCGAGAACGAAUCAAAACAUUUAUGUGCCAACAUCAUGAAAGAAACCGGCGCCCAUUUAGAAAUUUCCACCGGCAAAGACCUUUCCCUCACUUUCCUCGUCAGCGGCAAACAGCAUGAGGUGAUGGAAGCGCGCAGGAAAAUCCUGUCCAACUUCCAAACCCAGGCGAGCAGACAAAUCAGCAUCCCUAAGGACCACCAUCGUUGGAUCCUCGGCAAAGGAGAUCGCCUCAAGGAGUUAGAAAAGUCGACGGCGACCAAGAUUACGGUGCCGCCCAUGAACAACCCGUCUGAGAUCAUCGAGAUCGUCGGGCCGAAGGAGGGUAUUGAAAAGGCGGAGCAUGAAAUCCGCGUCACCUCUGACGAGCAAUCUAAGAAAGCUUUUGAACGCAUCAACGUGCCUAAAAUGUUCCACCCGUUCAUUGUGGGCGCUUUCAACGAGAAGCUCAACGCGAUGAUUGCUGAAACAGGCGCACGCAUUAAUGUCCCUCCACCCUCUGUAAUGAAGGAUGAAAUUGUCAUCGCCGGUGACAAGGAUGGCGUAGCGGCAGCCAAGAGCAAAAUCGAGGCUAUACACAACCAGAUGCAGAAGUGCUGCAGCACUGUGCAGGUGGAAGUCCCCAAGUCGCAGCACAAGUACGUAAUUGGUCCACGUGGAGGCACCAUCGCUGAGAUUCUCAAAGAGACUGAAGUUAGCGUGGAGAUGCCGCCAAGCGACUCAACCACCGACACUAUUACCCUGCGUGGUCCACACGCAAAUCUUGGCCAGGCGCUGAGUAAAGUCUACGAGAAGGCGAACUCUGUGCGCACCAGUGAUGUAGCCGCUCCAUCCUGGAUCCACAAAUACAUUAUUGGUCGUAAAGGCGCAAGCAUCAAAGAGAUCACCAGCAACCUUCCAAAGGUGCAUGUUGAAUUCAACGUAAAAGAAAAUAAGAUUAAGAUUGAAGGCCCACCAGAAGAAGUGGACAAAGCACAUGAAAAACUCGAGGCCAUCGCAAAAGAUUACAUCAACAAGUACAUCUUUCUUGAUAUGACCGUAGACCCGAAGUUCUAUAAGCAUAUCAUCGGCAAGUCUGGAACUAAUGUCAACCGCAUCAAGGAGGAGACUGGAGUGGUGAUUAACAUCGAAGAAAACGGUCAGAUUCGCAUCGAAGGCACCAAGCAAGGUGUGCAGAAGGCGCAGAGCGAACUGGAGGAGAUGGUUAAGAAGCUCGAGAAUGAGAAGGAGCGCGAUAUUAUUAUCGAGCAGCGCCAUUAUCGUACUAUUAUUGGGCAAAAGGGUGAUAACAUCAAGGAAAUACGCGACAAGUUUAAUCAGGUGCAAAUCACCUUCCCUGGCCCAGCUGAUAAGCGCGACAUUGUUAAACUACGUGGACCCAAGACUGAUGUCGAUCAGUGCUACAAACAUCUGCAGAAGGUCGUCAAAGAUUUGAGCGAGUCAUCGUUCCAGAUCGAAGUACCCAUCUACAAGCAGUUCCACAAGUACAUUAUCGGCAAAGGCGGCGUGAAUAUUCGUAAGAUUCGUGAGGAAACUCAAACCAAGAUUGAUUUGCCAUCAGAGGGUGAUAAUAAUGAUGUGAUUACCAUCACUGGCAAGAAGGAAAACGUUGAAGAAGCCAGAGAGAAAAUCCGUAUGAUUGAAGGUGAAUUGGAGAAUAUUGUCUCCGAGGAGAUUACAAUUGAUCCCAAAUUCUACAAUUCUUUGAUUGGCGCUCGCGGAAAAUUAAUUCAUUCCGUUAUGGAGGAUUGCGGUGGUGUUGCCAUUAAGUUCCCCUCGCCAGAGAGCAAGAGCGACAAGGUGACGAUACGAGGACCUAAAGAUGACGUGGAUCGUGCCAAACAACAGUUGCUGGAUUUGGCUAAUGAAAGGCAAAUGUCUAGUUUUACGGCUGAAGUUCGUGCCAAAGCUCAGCAUCACAAGUUCCUCAUUGGUAAAAAUGGUGGCAACAUUAAGAAAAUCCGCGAGUCGACAGGUGCUCGCGUUGUUUUCCCAUCGAACCAAGACGACGAUCGUGAAUUGAUUACUAUUAUUGGUAAGAAAGAAGCCGUCCUCCAGGCUAAGACUCAAUUGGAAGCCACUAUUAAAGAAAUUGAUAAUAUUAUCGAAGAUGAGAUGGUUGUUGAUCCACGCCACCACAAGCACUUUGUUGCUCGACGUGGUGAAAACUUAAACAAAAUUAUCGAUGACUGUGGCGGUGUGUCCAUUAGUUUUCCCCGAUCGGGUGUGCAGAGCGACAAGGUGACCCUGAAAGGUUCCAAGGACUGCAUUGAGGCAGCUAAGGCGCGUAUCAACGAGCAAAUUGCUGACCUAGAAGCGCAGGUGACGAUCGAGUGUAUCAUUCCGCAACACAUGCAUCGCACCGUCAUGGGCGCCAAGGGCUACAAAGUGCAGGGUAUCACCUCUGAGUUUGAUGUCAAAAUUAAGUUCCCUGACAAGAAUAACACUGACGAGUACAUCAAUCACGAUGGGCAGUUGAACGGCGACGCUAACGCUGAGCCAGUGCGUCAUUGCGAUGUUAUUCGUAUCACCGGCCGCGAUGAGAACUGUCUGAAGGCGAAGCAGGCGUUGAUUGAUCUCAAGCCAGUCACUAUCGAUGUCGAUGUUCCUAUGGAGCUGCACAGAUCUAUCAUUGGCAAGAACGGACGCGAUGUGCGUGUGCUCAUGGACGAUCAUGAUGUGCAUAUUGUUCUUUCGCCGCCUGAACAGAAGGAAGAUAAGAUUAAAAUCACUGGUACACCUGCAAAUUGCGAGAGGGCGCGAGAGGCUGUUCUUGAACGCGUCAAAGUCAUUGAGGCAGACCGUGCGGAUCGCGAGCUGAAGAGCUAUGCUCUGCAGAUUGAAGUGAAUCCGGACUUCCAUCCUAAGAUUAUUGGCAAGAAAGGUGCCAUUAUUAGUAAGAUUCGUGCCGAUCACGAUGUCCAGAUUAAUUUCCCCAAACGUGGCGAUCCAGAGGAGCAUAUUAUCACUAUCACUGGAUAUGAAGAUGCUACACAGAAGGCUCGCGAUGAUAUUAUGAAGAUUGUCAAUGAGCUCAACGAUAUGGUCAAGGAAGAGAUUACUAUUGAUUCAAAAGUGCACUCUCGUCUUAUCGGCGCUCGUGGUCGUAAUAUUCGUAAAAUUAUGGACGACUUUAAGGUGGAUGUUAAAUUCCCACGUACAGAGGACUCCGAUCCCAACUUGGUUACAAUCACCGGCGCAGCUGAAAAUGUUGCUGACGCUAAGGAACACUUGCUCAACCUGGAGGAAGAAUACUUGCAAGAUUUCACCGAUCAGGAAAUGCUCAACAGUUAUCGCGCCCCAUCGAGCGGCCACUCCAUGGACUCGCCGACACGCGCCGGAAACAACGGGUUCAUGGUCUCCGGUGGACCUUGGGAGCAGCAGGCACCCAACACUGAGAGCGUGACCGAAUUCCCAUCGUUCGGCGGACGCCCCACCGAACCACCGCAGGUGUCUCCUAUCUCGGGCGCCUGGGGCAACCGCCGCUAAACACAAAACAAUCGAAAUCGAAUCCGACGCCACUCAGUCCACAAGAACACUUGAAAUCCCGAUAUAAACAAACACCACCGUUUUGCCGACGAAUUGCGACGAAUAAUCGAACACAAAUAUUUGAAAGCAACACAAACAGCGUAACUGCAAGACGGAACACACUGCCAAUUUUAAGAAAUUAUUUUAGAAUAUACUGAAGCAUGGACUGGGUGCUCUUUUAUAAUGUAUUCCAUACAAAACUUAUGGAAGUGAAACACACAAACACAUAAAAUGAAACUAAUUUAAGAGAACAUAGGUUCGUUUCUUAGAAAACCUAAAGAAAUACUUGCGAACUAAGAGCAAGAUCGAAACAAAAACCACAAAUGUAACGACAAAACCUCUUCCUCACUAUUUGCUGCAUUAAUUGAUAGGCCUGGCAUACGACAAUGGACACUGACUUUAACGGAUCUGAAUUCACACUCGACGCAUUUCGAUAACAAACAAAAAAUACAUACACUGAUUUAUAUAUUAAUAUAUAAAAUACGAAAAGAAAAAAUAUGAAGAAGUUUAUAGUCUCGAUGGCGCAACGCGACGCGGUGCUCGCUAUCGAUUAUAUUUCAUUUUUAAAAAGAACUACGUUAAGAAGCCGUGUCGCAAGCGACACGUGAUAAACGACGGCCUAUUGAAUUUAGAACGGCGGCUCUAAAACGAACUCAACGUAUACACAUAUUAAACAAAUGCUGCGACAAAAGUGCAGCCAAACAAAGUAAAGCGGUUAUUUUAGCAAUGCAUGUGUACAUUUCUUUUAUUUUGUUUUAUCAGGUUAGAGAUAAAAUCGUCUUUAUUAGUUUACGAUGCAAAUGAAAGAUAUAUUGUACCUAUUAUGAAAGAAAUAGUUUAAAUGUCCUCGUGGCUACUAUAUAUUAUUAUCGAUUUUAAUUAUAAGUUGUUUAUUGAUUGUAUGAGCUACGUUAUCUUUCAUAUCAAUUCAUGAUUUCUUUUAUUGAUAUUUUUGAUAAUUAUUAACAAUAUUGCGAUCUAUAUAUGUGCUCUAGUAUAAAAUGAUUAUACUAUAAAGUUGUUACAUUUUGCCGCAGGUUCGAACGCGCGUCGUGUAAUAUAUACGGACGGUCGAAAGACGGCCGAAUUUUAAGUUGGUUUUAAAUUGAUAAUCGUUUCGUAUUUCAAGUUUCAGUCCACUGGUUUACGGAAUUAUUUGCUCAGUUCUUCGGUUUGACAAGAGACAAAAUAAAAAUGCGAAAACAAAUGAUGCAAACGACGAAACAAUGAAGAAAUUCGCUGAUUGUGAUAAAUGAACUUGUUUAUGAUGAAACAAAAUCGACAUUUAUUGAUGCUAUACUAUAUUAACUGAUAAUUUGUAAACGAAGUCGGGAGUCGAGCAUCAAGCGAUAUUGAAAAAACGGAUUGAUAUAAAAUAGUAGUCGAUGGGAUGGUGGAAAUGCUCAUUUUCUUUUAGUGGGUCUUUUUGUAAGUCACGGAAUGUGUCAUAAAUACUUGAUCAUUUUUCUAAAUAAACUAACAAAAUAAAACAGCA